GGACCUGGGAAGUAACCUAUCACGUGCUAGAAACUGCUGCAGAGGCUUUGAACAGAAAGCUUGCUUAGAGGAUAGCUGGUGUGUGUCCUCUAAGUUAAACUGAUUUCCUCAUGUUGUUUCUGGAUUACAGCCAGAAUCAACUUUGCCUGUUUCUAAUCAAAUAAUGGAGCAGACAAUUUACAAAUUCUGACUUCAGUUCGCAGUUCCUGGGAGGCUGUGUCUGGACUGAGCCUAGCUGAGGACUGAUUCAUUUUGACUGGAGGUUCAACUAUUUCUAAGCUUUGAUGUGGUUGGCUCCCAUCGUUCUGUGGGACAGAAGGCUGAGUGUUCUUUCAAGUGGGAAGAAUGGGGGAGAUUCACAGCUUCGUCCUGGUCACCAUUGCCCUGAUAAUGGGCAGGGAAACCUGGGCCCUCGAGAAUGCCAACUGUUUGCAGGAGCAGGAAAGGCUCAGAGCUCAGGUGUACCAACUUGAGACUCGGGUUAAACAACUACAGACCGUGAUCAAACAGCUCGUGCAUGAGAAGGAAGUCCAGUUCCUGGAUGAAGGACAGGAGGACAAUUUCAUUGACCUUGGAGGCAAGAGGCAAUAUGCAGAUUGCUCAGAGAUUUACAACGAUGGGUUUAAGCAGAGUGGAUUUUACAAAAUCAAGCCUCUCCAGAGCCAGGCAGGAUUCUCUGUUUAUUGUGAUAUGUCCGAUGGAGGAGGGUGGACUGUAAUUCAGAGACGGUCUGACGGCAGCGAGAACUUCAGCAGGGGUUGGAAUGACUAUGAGAAUGGCUUUGGAAACUUUGUCCAGAACAAUGGUGAAUAUUGGCUGGGUAACAAAAACCUUAACCUACUGACUAUGCAAGGAGACUAUACUUUAAAAAUUGACCUGACAGAUUUUGAGAAAAAUAGUCGCUUUGCACAAUACAAACAUUUUAAAGUUGGCGAUAAAAAGUCCUCUUAUGAGUUGAACGUUGGAGAAUAUUCUGGAACAGCUGGGGACUCCCUUUCAGGGACUUUUCACCCCGAAGUGCAAUGGUGGGCUAGUCACAAAAGAAUGAAGUUCAGCACGUGGGACAGAGAUCACGACAACUACGAAGGGAACUGUGCGGAGGAGGAGCAGUCAGGCUGGUGGUUUAACAGGUGUCACUCUGCAAACCUGAAUGGUGUGUACUAUCAGGGCCCCUACACAGCAGAAACGGACAAUGGGGUUGUCUGGUACACCUGGCAUGGGUGGUGGUAUUCCUUGAAGUCGGUGGUUAUGAAAAUUAGGCCAAAUGACUUUAUUCCAAAUAUCAUUUAGUUGUUCCCAUAUAGGCUCUUCUUUCUGCAAUUCAUCUUGUUUCGAAAGAGAUGAAAAAUACAAUCCUGAAUAAAUAUACGCAUGGUGAUGGCAA